UGUGGGACUACGAUCUUUUUACAUCUAUGGUAUAAUGUUCAAUGGUGAUGACCUUUUAAAAACGAAGAAAUUGGUUAUAUAAGAAUCGUGAGAAUAAAUUAUUAAAAUACAUAUAAGAAUUUAUUAUAAGCAGUUAAAAUACUUAUUAUAGUAAAAUAUGUUCUUAUCAGGUGCUUUGUUAUGGAUGAAACCACAACGCAAAUAGAAAUAACAAUCUUAUUUUUCGCAAAAGCACGCGAAUUAGCUGGAUGUAAGGAAUGUAAAUUUCAUGUACCAAAAAAAUUAUCAUCUGCUGAUCUUUUAGACAAGAUUAUACAUACUUUUAAUUUACAAAGUAUACGUGAUCAAAUAGUGUUAGCAGUAAACGAAGAAUUUCAAAUCAUUCCAAAUAAUAUUCUUGUAUUAUCAGAAAAAGACAAAAUUGCAGUUAUACCACCGCUCAGUGGAGGAUAACAUGGACAUAUCAAAGAAUUUUGUCAAGUUACAACAGGCAGAAUUAAAUAUUGCAGAAAUAAUGGAAUUAGUGACAUUUUCUAAUUGUGGAGCAAUAUCAAGUUUUGUUGGAAUCACUCGAGAUAAUUUUGAAAAUAAAAAGGUAAUUAAGUUAGAAUAUGAAGUUUAUGAAUCAAUGGCUUUGAAAGAGAUGACUAAUAUCUGUAACAAAAUUCGUUCACAAUGGGAUGUAGAAGGAAUUGCAAUAUAUCAUCGUAUUGGAGAAGUACCGAUAUCGAAAGCAAGUGUCGUGAUAGCAGUUUCUUCUCCUCAUAGAGAGGAGGCACUGAAAGCAGUAGAAUAUGCUAUCAAUACAUUAAAAGCAUCGGUGCCUAUUUGGAAAAAAGAAAUAUACGAAACGAAAGAACAACAAUGGAAGCAAAACAAAGAAUGUAGAUGGAGUACUUUGAUGAGAGAAGAUUCAGAAGAUUCAGAGAUUCAGAGAUUUCAGAAAAUCACAAAUAUAAAUGAAAAAAUACCAGAUAAGGAUAUUAUUGAUCCAAGUAUCAUACAAAUUCAAGCAAGUUCGGAAGAAUUAAAUCGCAGAAUAGACUCAUUUAUUGAAAGAAAACGUCAACAAGUAAACACUAUGAAUGUACAAGAAUUUUGUCAUCACAGUGAAAAAUAUAGCGAUAACGAAAAUUCUUGUGCAAGAGUAAAUGCUAUUCUCAUUCAACGCAAAGAUUCUAAAAGUCAUGUAAAAGUUCACAGAGUACUAAAUACGUGGGGACCUCAAACUAUUGAUCGAUCAAUUUUAUCCAACUCAGUUACAAUUAAUGCUUCUGACUACUCUCCUAUAUUGGAUGAUAGAAUUUCUGCGACAGAACGUAUAAUAGGAAUUAAUAAACCAGUACCUAAAGAUAUUUACAAAAGAUUGAAAAACAUUGAAGAUCGAAUAUUAUAUUUAGAAAGUAUAUCACCGGAAUAUAAAGAAUUUUGGGUAACAGAGCAAAUGAAUAAUUUGAAAGAUAUCUCAAAGCCUAUUCAGAAACGAACUUAUUCUAUGGCAGAACUUGAUUUCAAAUUAGACGAACUAGAAGACAAAUAUUGCAAGAAGAUAAAGUAAUAAUUAUUGUAAAAAGGUAAAAUAGGGGUAAAAUUGAGGUAAAAUAAUAUUAUGAAAAUAUUAUUAUAUACAAAUUUUUGAAAUAAUUUGAAUUUCUUGAAUUAUAAAUAAAAUAUGUAAUACAUGAAUAAGGACUUAAUAAUUUAUACAAAUAAAAAUACGUUAUCUGUA